GCCGCCCUGGCGGAGAUGCAGGCCUUCUACGGCAUCCCGGUGACCAGCGUGCUGGACCAGGAGACGCGCGCGUGGAUGCAGCGUCCCCGGUGUGGAGUCCCUGACAAAAUUGGGGCUCAGGUCAAAGCUAACAUGAGGCGGAAGCGAUAUGCACUGACUGGUCGAAGGUGGAGCCAGAUGCACCUGACCUUCAGCAUCCAGAACUAUACAGAGAAACUGGGGUUCUUCCAUUCAUACGACACCAUUCGCCAGGCUAUCCAUGUCUGGGACCAAGCGACCCCACUGGUCUUCCAGGAGAUCCCCUACAAUGAAAUCGGACAGAAGAGGAGAGCAGAGGCAGACAUCAUGGUGCUCUUUGCCUCGGGGUUCCAUGGGGACAGUUCCCCCUUUGACGGCACCGGGGGCUUCCUGGCACACGCCUAUUUCCCAGGUCCUGGAAUGGGAGGAGACGCUCAUUUUGACUUGGAUGAGCCCUGGACGCUGGACAAGAGGGACGUGCUGGGAAACAAUCUCUUCCUGGUGGCCAUCCAUGAGCUCGGCCAUUCAUUAGGCCUGGAGCACUCUAGCAACCCGAGUGCCAUCAUGGCUCCCUUCUACCAGUGGAUGGACACAGACCACUUCAGGUUGCCAGAAGACGACCUUCGGGGCAUCCAGCAGCUGUAUGGGACGCCAGGAGAGCAGCCCACCAAGUCCCUGCCUACUGUGGUACCCCGGAAGCCAGACCAGAAGCCCCCAGACAAGCCAAACCGCCCUCCCCAGGCCGGCCCCCCUGACACUCUGGAGCCCAACAUCUGCGAUGGCAACUUUGAUACCGUGACCGUUCUGCGUGGAGAGAUGUUUGUCUUCAAGGGCCGCUGGUUCUGGAGGGUCCGACACAACCGGGUGCUGGACAACUACCCCAUGCCCAUCGGCUACUUUUGGAGGGGGCUUCCUGGGAACAUUGACGCUGCCUACGAGAGGCAAGACGGACGAUUUGCCUUCUUUAAAGGCGGUCAGUACUGGCUCUUCCGAGAGGCAAACCUGGAGCCCGGCUACCCGCAGCCCCUGAGCAGCUACGGGCCGGGCCUUCCUCAGGACAGGGUGGAUGCGGCCGUGUGGUGGGAGCCCACGGGGCACACCUUCUUCUUCCGAGGAGACAGGUACUGGCGCUUUAACGAGGACGGGAGCUCCGUGGGCCAUGGCUACCCAAGGAAGGUCAGCGUCUGGGCGGGGGUUCCUGCUGCCCCCAGGGGUGCCUUCCUCAGCCCCGAUGCUGCCUACACAUAUUUCUGUAAGGGCAGGCUGUACUGGAAGUUCAACAAUGAGCGGCUGAAAACAGAGCCCGGCUACCCCAAGUCCAUUCUGCGGGACUUCAUGGGCUGUCAGGAGGAGGUGGCUGUGGAUCCGGACCCCGGCCAUCGCUGGCCUGACACGGGAAGGCCCCCCUUCCAGCCCCGGCAGGACAAGGAAGUGGAGGAGGGCACUGCAGCCCCCCGCCCAGGCCUGGAAGAGGAGGAAGAAGAGGAAUCUGUCUUGGAGAAGGAGGGUGGGGGGCCGGUUGAGGAGGGAGGUGGGGAUGUGGACAUUGUGGUGCACAUCAACGAUUACCCACUGACGGUGAGCAUCGUCAUGGCGGUGCUGCUGCUACUGCUGCUGCUCUGUGUCCUGGGCCUGGUCUACGUCAUUGUGCGGUUGCAGCGGAAGGGCCGGCCCCACAUGCUGCUCUACUGCAAGCGGUCCCUGCAGGAGUGGGUCUGA